AUGGAAGCAAAGACCAUAUCACCGAAAGAAGUCGUCGUCCAGAUGCCAAAAGAGACCCUACCACAUGUCACCGCCUCGGUCGCCACAUCGGCCACUUCGAUCACAAUAUCAAUCACCGCCUCGGCCGCGUAUCGUCCUACGGAUUGCACCGAACAGUCCGAGACCAUUUCUGCCUCCUUUACGGAUAUAUAA